CCCGCAGGGUCGCAGGACGCUGCAGGUGCAGGUGGUGAGGCCGGGGAGGGGCUGGAUGCGACCUCGCGCUGCCUCACCUGGUGUGCCCCGGCGCGGCGCGCCACCUGCACUCUGCCACGAGUAUUUCCCGAACACGGCCCUGUGCCAGGCACUGGGGCCGGCGGUGAACUUGGCAGGCAGGUGCUCUGCCCUCUGACAUCUCCAUGUCCUCAGCGAGAUGGGAACGGCACCAGUGUUCUCACCCGAAAUGAGAAAGCAGAGCGCUUGGUAGGCGGUAAAACAGUCCAUGUUUUACCUCUCGCUUCACGGUGCCAGGCUGCUGGGAGCUUCGUAAGGCCCAGAAUGACAUUGUUUGCUGCUGUGUCCCCAGCGGCCAUGAGCCCGUGCCUGACAGAUUUGGUUGGUGAUCAGUACCUAGUUUGAUCAGAGAAUGGGCGAUGACAGCGACACUGGACUGCCAUGUCUGAAAGAUAAAUGGGAACCCAGAGCUGUGGGAGUCUGGAGGGGCCCCCUGGAGCAGUCGGGGAAGGCUUCACCGAGCAAGUGCUGUUGCAGUUGGGUCCUGAUGAGAGUGAGUUGUCUGGUUGGGGGCAAACGAGGGGAGGAAAUCCGAGGCAGAGGUGACAAGUGCAUGAGGCUCUGGGGGAAUGGGGUCGUUGGCUUGUUUAGGCUGGCAGGGGAGAAGUGCGGGAUGAGGCCAGAGCAGCCUUGGAGGUGAGGGCCGUAGCUCGUGGCCUCGGCGCUCUGUCUCCCAGGUACACCCUGGCUUGGGAUUGCAAGCAUGUGUUGGUGAUGCGUAGCAGUAGAGCCUGGGGUUCUGUCCCUCACCCAGCAGACCUCUGCCAAGCAGUGUUUAUGGAAUGCAGACUGUGGGUCUAAGGCCACGUUAGGUGCUGCAUUUAAGGUGAUGAAUGGCAGACAUAGAUCCUGCCCGCAGAUCACCUGCGGUCAUGGCGUGGGCGAGUGCGGUGCCAGAGCGCCCCGUGGCUGACUGCGUCGAGUUUGCGUCACCUCGCACCUGGAUUAACUGGAUUAACGAGUGCCGUAGCCUCUAGGUGUGCUCUGCUCCUGUCCUCACCCCCCCCCUUCCAUUCUCAACACAGCGCAGUGAUCCUUCUAAAAUAGAAAUCACAGCAUGUCACUCUUCCCAAAACCCUUCAAAGUCCAGGUUCCUCCCAGCCUGCAAAGCCCUGGCCACUGGACCCCCGGGGUCUGAAUUCAUCGCUCGUGUUGCCCACCAUGCUCAUCGGGCUGGGCCACCCGGGCCGCCUUGCGGCUCCUCGGAAAGCCAGGCGCGCUCCUGCCCCCAGCUUUGCGCUUGUUCUUCCCCCAGCUGUGCAUGGCUGCUUCCUGGAUUCCAACUCUUGGCUCGAAUGUCGCCUAAGGGAAGCCCUUCGUGGCCACGCUGUUUAAAAUUGCAGCCCCUCUCUCAGGGACCCUGGUAGCGAAUGUCCGGAGGAAGCGACUCUCAGAGAACCAGCCCGUCCGCGGCCUCCCUCUCCGAGAAUGAGCUGCCUCCCGGCUACGUGUGCUCCUUGUCCGAAGAGCUGGUGGCCAAAGCCCGGGAAGAGCUGCAGGAGAAGCCGGAGUGGAGGCUGCGGGACGUGCAGGCCCUUCGGGACAUGGUGCGCAAGGAGCACCCGACCCUGAGCACCUCUCUGGACGACGCCUUCCUGCUGCGCUUCCUCCGAGCCCGCAAGUUCGAUUAUGACCGGGCCCUGCAGCUCCUGGUCAGCUACCACAGCUGCCGCAGAAGCUGGCCGGAAGUCUUCAGUAACCUGAGGCCGUCGGCCUUGAAGGAUGUCCUGGCUUCCGGCUUCCUCACCGUGCUGCCCCACACCGACCCCCGUGGCUGCCACGUCGUCUUAAUCCGCCCAGACAGGUGGAUCCCCAGCAACUAUCCGAUUACUGAGAACAUCCGCGCCAUAUACUUGACCUUAGAAAAGCUCAUUCAGUCUGAAGAAACCCAGGUGAAUGGAAUUGUGAUUCUCGCAGACUACAAAGGCGUGAGCUUAUCGAAAGCAUCUCAUUUUGGCCCUUUUAUAGCCAAAAAGGUGAUUGGCAUCCUCCAGGAUGGUUUCCCCAUUCGGAUAAAGGCAGUCCACGUCGUGAACGAACCGCGAAUAUUUAAAGGCAUUUUUGCCAUCAUCAAACCAUUUCUGAAGGAGAAAAUAGCAAACAGAUUCUUCCUCCACGGGUCUGACCUGAACUCUCUCCACACAAACCUCCCAAGGAGCAUUCUCCCCGGGGAGUACGGGGGCACGGCUGGAGAGCUGGACACUGCCACCUGGAACGCGCUGCUGCUGGCCUCGGAGGACGACUUUGUCAGAGAGUUCUGCCAGCCUGUCCCUGCCUGCGACAGCGUCGAGGGCCCGGCGCUGCUGCCCGAGGGGCUGGCUGCCGACGCGCAGUGCGACGACUCCGUGCGAGCUGGGAAGUCCCAGCUGUACGCCUGCUAUUAGCCAGCCCCCUGCGAGCGCCGCCAUCUGCCAGUCCUCUCCCUUUGCUCUGGAGACACACGAGGAGAACUGAAGGUGCCAAGGAUUCAGUCUCACUCUUUGUACUUAGACAGUGUUGGGGAACAGCCCGCAGAGCUUUGACAGCCCAUCACGGCUGAAACUUCGCUUACUUGAAUUUCUCCGUGUAAGACGUGGGACAUGUUCCCAGUGAUCUCCAGAUGUUUGGAAUCUUGGUUUGCAACUCUUAAUCUGCAAGCCGUGUCUGGUUCCAUGCCCCUCUGAAGCGAGACAGAUCAGGGCCUGAGGCACUGUGAGCCCAUUUUGCAGGAGAAAACCACCCACCUGGCCAAUGUGGUCAGACCUGCACAAUGGCCAGAUGGCAAGCUUUGGCUUUGGGACUUUGUGUCUUUCUCGUGGACCUCAACUAUUGCUCAUCAGGAAAUGAAUUCCGAGGUCCAGGCCCCAGUUGCUGUCACUGGGUUUGGAAGGGACCUUCGCCUAAUCAUGCAAGCUGCAGGACAUAAUCAGCACUUCCCCGUGAACUUGGGAAGCCAGAGACUGGAGCUCCUCUGGAGUUCAUUGGCUAACCCUAGUAAUAGAAACCUGGAUUUUCCCAAACCCAUAAACGUUUACCCCGGUUCUCAAAAGACUCAUUCAGGGUCCUAGAAGUACAUGUUUUUACUCCCACCUAAAGCACUGGGUUCCGAGUCUGUGUAGCUGGAAUUCUGGCCCAGGAAUCGGAGACCUGGGCCCCAGUGUGAAUGUAACACAUGGCCUUCUGUGGGCUCAGCUUUCUUGUGGGUAGAACAAGGCCCUGAUGAAAGGUACAGCCAGGGCUCUUCUGGCUGCUGAGGUUCUGGGAUUUGGUUUAGCUCCUGAAUGUUCAGUUUUUGUCUGGAAAGAUGACUGUCUGGAGACAAGCGAUUGGAUCCUGUUUGCCUGUGGAUUUCAGGAGGGAUUGCCACCAUUUGGCCCUGCCUUCAGGGAAAAUACUGUGUGUGUUCCCAGGACCCUGCUACCUACUGCCUUCAUAGAGUGCUGGUUCAGCUUUAAAAGGAUGACUUUCCUGAGGCCGGUGGAGGCCAGGAUCUCGCAUGGCCUUGUAAGCCUGGCUGCGGUGGGCACACAGUGCUUGAGAUUCUUAAGAUUUGGUGCCUGGAAGUGAACAGAGGGGCAGGUUCUGGCUGGCUCAUUUCCGGGCGCCAGCUCUCCCAGACUCGCGGGAGUUUCUCUCCAGGGUGGAAGGACCCCGCAUUUCGGCACUUUAGACCCUCGCUGUCAAGAUGCUGGCCUCAGCCCCAGCAUCAAUUAGGUGGUCCAUGAGAUGGCUUUUGACCUGUUGCCCUUCCCAUUCAUUCCAUGUGACCGUAGUGGGACAUGGCGGCCAGUGCUACACGUGUGUGUGUACAUUCUCUGUGCAUCUGUUAGACCAAAGGCUGGAGGAGACAGCUGUGGAGAGCAGGGCUCUCAAGUUCAAAGGCCAGCCUGUUGUUAACGAAGCCGUUCAUCUUUAGAGCACUUUUACAAAGGUCUGGAGAAGCUGCUGGUGGGAAUUAGUUUUUUUACCUCAUCAAUGCCAAUUCUAGGGAAAGUUCUUUUCACAACCACAGAUACUAACCCUGGAUCCUCUAGGGUCUGGGUUGAGCUACAAAUGCCAAAACACACACCUCUGGUUGCCUGUAUUUUCCCCCCAACGGGGAUGUGACCUGCAUGACUUAAGGCCCAAGGACGGCAAGGAUGGCUGAAGCUGAGGGUCCGGAACCCGACAACCUGGGCCCAAGAAAUGGUUAGAAGCUUUCUUAAGGCCCAUAGAGGGAAGAGAGGAGAAACAAAAAAACCCACAGAAACAGUGAGACGGAGAGAAGAAUGACUCGGUCAGCUCCACCAGUUCCUGAGGUUUAAGUUCGACCCCACAUUCCUGGCCAGUGGCCCUUGGCUGUGUGACCUCGCAUCGUGAUGGCCACGCUUUGCGGAGCAUCUCAGGCAGACAGUGUGUUGUCCGUUUCCCAGCGGAGAAGCUGUGUCUUGCGGCUUCUGCAGAGGAGUCCGCCGGGUUUGUCAGCCUCGCCGAGCUGCCUGCUUUGCUUUGCCUCCAAAGAGAGAGCCCUGAACCUCGGCAUCUCGGGAGGCUCGCGCCAAGCUGCAAACCAGGACAUCACCGGGUGCCCGUGGAGGCGGCCUCUGUGUGGCUUCAGCGGGGCGUUUGUGUGGUUGCCCCAGCAGGGUCAGGGGUGCACGGGAUUCUUAGUAGUGGGAAGCAAACCAGACAACGCUGAGAACUCGGAAGUGCUUUCCUUCAGGGCAAAGCUCCAGCCAGUUCACAAACCUGCAAAUUACCUCUCCCCCAAGUCCAGGGUAGCACAGCGUUGGGGAGGGAGGAGGGAGGAGACCGAGUUCAGCUCUACCUUGCUCUGUGCUCUGAAUGAGUGACUUCACACUCUUGAAGCAUGUACAAUAAAGGGAUCUGCACCCUGGGCUCUGCGCCCCCCGUCCUGACACUUCAUUGCUUUACUGCUUCAGGGACACUGUGCUCUGUGUUUACAGGUGCCUUCCCUCACCCCCCAGUUUGGUUGUUACUUAGGCAGUUUAGGUCUGGAUGAACUGACACCUAAAGCUUUCAGACUGGUCCAGAGGGUCAGGUCUCUGGGAGUUUGCCUCCCCCCUUCCCCCGUGUCCCACAGAGCAUUCUGGAAAGUUGUGUUUCUUCCUAGAAACCACAUCUGCUUCCAUGGGGAGGGGCUGGGCAGAACCUAUGGAAGGGCAACCCUGGCUCCACAUCUGGAGUUUCUCAGUCUUGUGAAGAUGGCUUAGAUACCCCCCACCUUGCUUUCACAAGGGAGCUCUUGUUCUAGGGUUGUCAGUGCGCAGGUUACGAGACACUGUUCCCGGUCAGGGCGCGAAGAGGUAUCGACUGGGUCUCUCCGCAUCCUUCUGGGUGGGCGGCAGCUUUAAACACCACCGAGCCUCACGUCCGUCGUGGGAACAUCUUGUCGUCGUGGGCAGCAGAGGCGUUAGUACGUGGUGACAUCCUUCUGAGACCCAUCUGAAAGUUUUCAGCUUUGAAAGCUGCUUUUUUUGAGGGAGUGCAAGGUCGGCUAAGCUCACGGUGUGCAUGUGGUCUUCCUGGGCCCAGGGGAGGGUGGAGAGUGCCCCCAGAAGCGUGCUGGCUGCUGGGGAAAGAACAGCUUCUGAGAAGGCCUCUCGGGACGGGGAUCUGUUCGUGUUGCCAAUCUGAAGGAAGGUCCUUCCAGCUGUCUGGCCUCUGAGAAGCCGUUUGCUUGACGUGCAGAUGAACGUGCGCUGGGCAGAUGUCCUCCUAACGGGAGCUGGCUUCGUGGGACGGCACAGACCCCGCUCCGCAGUGUCGGCGGCCGGUGUGCAUUCUGGCAGGUGCACCUGGGCUUCCUGGCAUGGCAGGUAGGGACCUGUCACAAGUGAGAUACUUGAACUUCCUCGGUGGCCAGGAACCUCUGAGGGCACUCUGACGGGGUGGGAGCUGCGCGAAUCUCCUGGCCAGCUGGGGGCACCAUUUUCCGCCUCUGGCCUCAUUCCUUGCUUCAAACUGAAAUUCAGUUUGGUUCUGAGCUUAGGGACGUGUGGUGGACUCAUCUACUUCAGUGUUUGUUUUGACCAAAGGUUUAUUUUUCUAGUGCAUUUUCUAAGUCAAAGUGGUGAAAAUAUAUGUCCAUUUUAGUAUGCAUGACUGGGUCUCAAACAAUAAAAACUGCUGUUAAGGUUGAAUGUGUGUGGAGUUCUUCUGUGACGAGGACAGUGUGUAUAGAAGUUCCGAGGUGCUCACCGGGAGGGCCACAGUGGCAGGCAGCAUGGCACGUGCCGUAUGUGGCAGGUUGCUUCCCCAGGUUGUGUGCAGUAC